AUGGUAGUGAAACCUGAGGAAGCUCAGAACCCUUGCUCAAGGAUCCAGACCCUAUUUAAGAGGGUCAAGGCCUUAUUCACCAAAGCUUCACCCCCACCUCUACCACCGUCCCCACCCCCACCUGUCUUCUGGAACCCAGGCUGUACUCACGUGUAUGGAUAUGUGUUUGGGCAUGUGAGUAAAAACGACCUGGAGCACCUCAUAUCACAGCAGGUGAGAUACAGCUGGGUCUGCCCUGCGGUUCUUGACACAGGAGAACAGUUGAUGGUGCCCAUGGAUGUCCUGGAAGUGGAUAACAUGGGAGCCUUGUGGAAGUUUCUGCUCUCAGGAGCCAUGGCUGGGGCAGUGUCUCGCACUGGCAUGGCCCCCCUGGACCGUGCCAAGGUGUACAUGCAGGUCUACUCCUCCAAGACGAACUUCAUGAAUCUACUGGGGGGGCUACGAAGCAUGGUCCAAGAGGGGGGCUUCCAUUCCCUAUGGCGGGGCAAUGGUAUCAACAUACUCAAGAUAGCCCCUGAGUACGCCAUCAAGUUCUCCGUCUUUGAACAGUGUAAGAAUUAUUUCUGUGAAGGGCAUGGGUCCCCAUCCUUUCAGGAACGGCUCCUUGCUGGCUCCCUGGCUGUGGCCACCUCCCAGACGCUCAUCAACCCCAUGGAGGUGCUGAAGACACGACUGACCUUGCGCCGAACAGGCCAAUACAAGGGGUUGCUAGAUUGUGCCAAGCAGAUCCUGGAGCAGGAGGGCACCCGCGCCCUUUACCGUGGCUACCUGCCCAACAUGCUCGGCAUCAUCCCUUAUGCCUGUACCGACCUGGCUGUCUAUGAGAUACUCAGGUGCUUCUGGCUGAAGUCAGGCAGAGACAUGGUGGACCCUAGUGGCCUGGUCAGUCUGUUGUCAGUGACGCUGUCCACAACCUGUGGUCAGAUGGCCAGUUACCCACUGACUUUGGUGCGCACCAGGAUGCAGGCUCAAGACACUGUGGAGGGUUCGAACCCCACCAUGUGUGGAGUCUUCCAGCGGAUCCUGGCCCAGCAGGGCUGGCCGGGGCUAUACCGAGGUAUGACCCCCACAUUACUGAAGGUGCCGCCGGCUGGUGGCAUCAGCUAUGUGGUGUAUGAAGCCAUGAAGAAGACCCUGGGUGUAUAG